AUGCCGCAAGAUCAGUUAGUAGUAGAUUUUAGAGAAGAAAAGUAUCAGCAGUGUCCGAAGUACAUGAUGCCAAAGAAUGUGUAUUAUAACACCAUUGAAGAACUAAAGACUGCAGCCCAGAACCUAUCUUCCAAGUCUCGGCAUAGAUACUACAUUCUCCAGAAUUCAUCUGAUCAAGAAUCACGAGUCUACUAUGUGACCAUUGAGGAUACUUAUGACAUCAUCAAGAGGGCACACUUUGCAACAGGGCAUGGUAGACGUGACAAAAUGAAGCGCAAUCUUAGGGAAAAGUAUGUUAACAUCACAAAAGAAUCUCUUGAAUUAUUCAAGUCCUAUUGCAUUACAUGUCAAGAAAAGAGGAAGCGAAAUAAGACUGCUGGGGUGGUUCUGAAGCCCCCCUUGAGCAGCGAAUUCAUCUCCCGUGGCCAAGUUGACUUUGUGGAUGUAAAGUCAUUGCCUCAGGCUCAGUUCAAGUGGAUCAUGGUCUACCAGAGCCACCUCACCAAGUCUGUCAUACUUCGAGCGCUUGCAUCAAAGAGAGCUGCUGAAGUUGCCUUUCAACUGCUUGACAUAUUCCUUCUGUUUGGAGCUCCUGUCAUACUGCAAAGUGACAAUGGUUCUGAAUUCACAGCCAAAGUCAGGUCUGAGUUGAAAGAACUUUGGCCACGACUCAUCCUGGUCCAUGAGAAACCAAGACAUCCCCAAAGCCAGGGUUCAGUAGAACGAGCCAGUGGUGACGUCAAGGACAUGUUGCAUGCGUGGAUGACAGACAACAAGACACAGGAUUGGUCUGCUGGCCUUCGGUUUGUCCAACACCAAACGAACUCUGCUCAUCAUCCCGGUAUCAAGGGCACUCCAUUCAAAGCACUGUUUGGCACUGAUCCUAGGGUGGGUCUGGCAUCAUCACGUCUUCCUCUAGAGGCCCUCGAAAGAUUACAGUCAGAAGAUGACUUGUUCGCCCCCUUUGCUUGCCCUUCAGAAGAUGAAGUUUUUGCUCAAGAUCCUCAGCCCCCACCAGCAUCUGCAGCACCAGCUUCCACCUCUCAGCCUACACCUGCUCAAGAUUGCCCGAUCCCACCAGCAUAUGCAGCACUAGCUUCCACCUCUCAUCCAACACCUGCUCAAGACCCCCAACCUUCACCUCUUACAAAGCGCCAGAGUGAGAUAACAGAACAGAGCAAGAGGGCCAGGGAGGCACAACUCUCCCAGGCUGAACGCAUGGUGAAACGCAGCCGGAUAGACUUCAAGGCAGGGGAAGAAGGGGACAGUGUUGCUGUGCCCAUCCCCACGGUGGAGAGGGGAAGGGGAGAUCCACGUAACAUCCUCGUUGUUGUCAUUGGCCGCAGUGACAGUGAUUUGUACACAAUAGAAGUGAAAAAUGGGACUGAAGACCAAAGACUUCUUACUCUGUCUGAUGUCAACCAAGAAGACCUGGUUUCCCUACGACAGGGUCUGAAGAAAGCAACUACUGGUGGACAGGAAUUUGUCAGAUGUGAUUGUGCUGCAAGACUGGCAGCCACUACCGGAGAGCCGGCCAUAGGAAGGCUCUAG